UCUGUCAAAUCUAGGUGAAAAUUGUCUGAUCAAUGGCGCAAGGAGAACUCAAGAGCUCUGUGCUAAACAGAAAACGAAACCCUAAAUCACCCGUUGCUUCUCGCUCAAGCAAGAGGCAGAAGAUAGCAGAACAUAGAAAGUCUCUUCCUAUAGCUUCAGAGGAGGAACAUCUUAUUAAGGCGGUUCAAAAGAAUGAUAUUCUGAUUAUUGUUGGUGAAACCGGUAGUGGGAAGACUACUCAGCUGCCUCAGUUCCUGUUCAAUGCUGGUUUCUGUCGGGAAGGAAAGAUGGUAGGGAUAACACAGCCGAGGCGUAUCGCUGCCUUGACCAUUGCCAAAAGGGUAGCUGAGGAGUGUGAUGUUCCGUUAGGACAAAAGGUUGGCUACGCCGUUAGGUUUGAUGAUACUACUUCCAGCUCCACGAGGUUAAAAUACAUGACUGAUGGUUUCUUGCUGAGAGAGGCCUUGGUGGAUCGGCUUCUUUCUAGAUAUUCAGUCAUUAUUAUCGAUGAAGCUCAUGAGAGGACUGUCCACACGGAUGUUCUCCUGGCCUUGCUUAAAAAGGUGCAACGGGAGAGAAGUGAGAUUGGUGGUGGUGUGUUGAGAGGGUGUCAAGGCAGAAAAGUAUCUCCGUUAAAGCUGAUAAUCAUGUCCGCGAGUUUAGACGCACGUGUUUUCUGUGACUACUACGGCGGUGCCAAAGAUUUUCAUGUGGAAGGGAGACAGUUUGAUGUGGACAUUUUUUACACUGUUCAUCCCGAGACUGAUUAUGUAGAUGCAGCUUUGAAUACUAUAUUUCAGAUUCAUUCAGAGGAGGAGGAAGGUGAUAUACUUGUUUUCCUCACUGGACAAGAGGAGAUUGAAUCUGUUGAGAGACUAGUCCAAGAAAAACUUCAGCAUUUACCUGAAGACGAGAGGAAGCUGCUUCCACUUGCUAUAUUCUCUGCUCUUCCGUCAGAGCAGCAGAUGAGAGUUUUCGCCCCUGCGCCUAUUGGUUCCCGUAAGGUGGUUUUGGCCACAAAUAUAGCGGAGACAUCGAUUACAAUUCCUGGAAUAAGAUAUGUGGUAGACUCUGGGGUUGUUAAGGCACGAACCUAUGAUCCGAACAAAGGAAUGGAGACGCUUGAUGUUGUUCCAGUAUCAAAAGCACAGGCCAUUCAAAGAAGUGGGCGCGCAGGACGUGAGGGUUAUGGGAAAAGUUUCCAUCUUUAUCCUGAGAGAGAUUUUUGGAAACUGGAGGAUUCAACCAAACCAGAGAUCAAGAGAUGCAAUCUCUCUAAUGUUAUUUUGCAGCUCAAGGCUCUGGGGAUUGAUGAUAUUGUUGGAUUUGAUUUUAUUGAUAAACCUUCAAGGAGCGCCAUUGUAAAAGCAUUGGCGGAGUUGCACUUGCUUGGUGCCUUGACUGACGAUUGCAAACUAGCAAAACCCGCUGGGGAACAAAUGGCACGGCUCCCACUAAAGCCUGUUUACUCCAGAGCUCUGAUUUUAGCUAAUCAGUUCAACUGUCUUGAGGAAAUGUUAAUCACUGUCGCAAUGCUUUCUGUGGAAUCCAUAUAUAUAUAUGAUCGUCGUGAGAAGAGAGAAGAGGCAAGAACUUCAAGAAACCACUUUGUUAGCGUUGAAGGGGAUCAUCUAACUUAUCUCAGUGUCUAUCGAGAGUUGGAUGAGUUCUUGGAGGAGAGAAAGGCGGAAAACAGUGAAGCCAAAGCUGAGAAAAAUAUGAGAAAGUGGUGUAAGGACAACUUCGUGAAUAGUCGUUCCUUGAAACAUGCUCGUGACAUUUAUAGACAAAUUCGUGGAAACGUUGAACAGAUGGGGUUUAAUGUGUCUUCUUGCGGAGAUGACAUGCUUGAGUACCGUAAAUGUCUUGCUGCGUCGUUUUUCCUUAAAGCAGCACAGAGACAGAUGGAUGGUACAUACAGGGCUUUGGAAAGUGGUGAGAUUGUGCACAUCCACCCAAGUUCUGUUUUAUUCCGUUCCAAACCUGAGUGUGUUAUCUUCGACGAGCUUAUGCAAACCAGCCAGAAGUACAUCAACAACCUGACAAGAAUUGAUCCCUUAUGGUUGGCUGAGUCGGCUCAUCAUUACAAAACAGAUGAGUGA